GGUGAAACAUCUGGUUUCCUUGACCGCUUAACGAGCCAGCUGCGAAAAAAGCUAAAUCAUUUCGGGUAUUGUUUUGUCACCGUUAUCCUGCCUCUCGCUCUUAUCUGUUGUGGGUCUUAUCACGUGGUUAUCUAUUUGCUGCAAAGACAUAUGACAUUUUGUUUCCUAUCUAUACCGCGUUGUGGGUUUUUUGGUAAUUAUGAUGAACCUAUCUCAAGAGGGGGGACGGGACUUAAGGCGAAGUUAUUCCGCUGGAGAUACUUCCAGCGCGGUGUAGUGCGGUGUCACGCCUGUCGGAUUCUUGAUGAGUUUCAGCGUAGCAAGAAGAGUGUUAUCUAAAACUUGUGUAUUACGUACGUCGCCGAAAGCAGUUUUAUUUUAAUAAAUCUGCGGGGAUAAUCAUCUUCAAAAGAUGAAAGUAAAGCAUAGCUUGGCGGGGAACUUAGAAGUUCCUGGGUACGUACAGCUCCAGAAGGGUUUUGCUUUCCGAUUUCCUGAACCCCAGUGUAUAAACCGGUUCCUGAAUGGACCUGGGAGAAAACAGCUGGUCAAUGGUUAAGCGCGAAGUCUCCAGCAGCCCAGCGUCCCCGGCUGAGCAGAGCUACCUGCACGGUGACAGGAGGGACCGGCACGCCUCGGAGGACCUGAGGUCAUCGACGCCAGUUCAUCUGGACACCGUGGGAAACCGACGCCCCGAGGGCAGGUCCCUACACUCCUACGUUCACUUCGGACAUCCCGGCAACACCCUGCCCGGCUCGGAGGACAUUACGCUCUUCACGGAUUUAGACCAGGCGAACAAACUCAUCAUCUCCAGCGCCGGCCACAAGGGUGGUUUAAUUGUCGACCCCAGCGACAUGUAUCAAACGCUCGCCAUUGCGGCAGCCCAGACUCAGGUGGGAUACGACGCUCCUGCGGCCAGCUACAUGCACUCCACCCCCGCGUCCCCGGUGUACGUACCGACGUCCCGGGUGGGACCGAUGAUGUCCAGCCUGCCUUACAUGCAGGGAACCGGGGCAUCGCAAACCAGUCACGCGGUCACCAAUCACUCAGUCUGGUCUCAACCCGCCCCAGAAAGCCCGUCUUACAGCACCGGGAGCCCGCACGCAUCCAACCGGUUUCCCUACUCUCCCAGUCCGCCCAUGAACAAUGGGACUUCCAGAGACAGCAGCUACGGUAAUCAUCUGAAUGUGAACGGCAGAGACCAGUACAGCCUUACGCGACCUCUCAAUGGAUCCUACCCCAGCCCAUAUUCGCCCUACGUGGCGCCGCAGCUGUCCACGGCUUGGCCGGGAGGGCCGUUUGACAGCACGAUGCUCCACACUCUGCCCAGCCGGCCGCCGUUACCGAUCCGAGGGCCCGGUACUGACAUGCUGGACGACCUCGGAGAGAGCCGGGAAUGUGUGAACUGCGGAUCCAUCUCCACGCCGCUCUGGAGGCGCGACGGAACCGGCCACUUCCUCUGCAACGCUUGCGGGCUGUACAGCAAAAUGAACGGGCUCAGCCGACCGCUAAUUAAACCGCAGAAGAGGAUGGUAAAUACAUUUUACUCCUCAUCGAGACGAAUCGGGCUGUCCUGCGCCAACUGCCAGACCAGCACUACGACGCUGUGGCGCAGAAACGCGGACGGAGAGCCGGUGUGCAAUGCCUGCGGGCUUUACACCAAACUACACGGAGUGCCCAGACCACUCGCUAUGAAGAAAGAGGGAAUUCAGACUAGAAAACGGAAACCCAAAACCCUGAACAAGACCAAAGGAUCCUCCGGAAACACGAAUUCCGUGCCCAUGACUCCAACCUCCACGUCUUCAUCCAACUCCGAAGACUGCGGGAAAAACGGCUCGUCACCUGCGCAGGUGUCGGUGUCCGCGGUUAACUCCACCACAAUGGCCAGUCAGGGGGAGGGCGCUGGCUCUGGCAGCUCCAUGGGCAAAUACACUGUGCCAGACGGCCUGUAUCCCGGGGUUGGCCUGACCUCCACGGCUGACGUGGCGUCCUCCGUACGCGGUGAAUCCUGGUGUCCUUUGGCCCUGGCCUGAUCCCGGACUCCGUCAAAGGGACGACCCCCCCGGCUACACUCUGUAGGUGCAUUUCUGCCCUCACGUUGGGAUUUCUCUUUUCCGCCAUAAAAAGUCCGAAGAGGAGCUUGACGACAACAUCGUAAAUGAACACCCCCACCCCCCCCACCCUGUUCCCCUUUGGCACACCCCACCUGUUACCCGAACUGUGGGACAGGGUCACCUGGAGAAUGAAACUUUGAAUGCCUUUGAAAGUUGCAAUAUUUAAUGCCCUUUCCCCUCACUCUCCGACCUUUUCAAACAUAUUUUUAUUAAUCUGUGGCUGGUACAAGCUUUGGACUUAUCUUUCUGUUGGCAAAAAAAGUCACAUGGGCAUUUUUUAAUUGGCUAAAGGCAUAGAUAUAGAUAUGGACACUGUUAAUUGGAUUCCUAAAAAGGGGAAAAAAACGACAUCAUUCUCCCAAAACUUCAGCGCCUUCCUCAGCAACUGGAAUAGACGAUGACCUACUACAAAAUCCUUCCUGAAUCAAAGCUGAAAUAUUUAUUAAUCUUUCAAUGUUAGAAAAAUAUAAUGUUUGUUAAUAAAGAUGUGAUAAUAGCACAGAAUAAAUCUUUAAUUGGUAUUGCGUGCCGUUUUAAAUUUAAAUUCCUUUCUGCAUAUCCUUGAUGCCAUUUUCCUUGUCCUGGAGCAGCAAUCUUUUCCGGAAAUUUUUACUUUUAUUUAAAAUAGAUUUUGUGGUUUUAUACAGGGUAAAAAUAUAUUGACGUCAUCAUAUUUUUUGAAGUGCAAUUAUUGCUUUCUGUUGUGGCAAUCAGUGUUAAAUCAAGAAUUUCAGAUUUAACGGCAAAUUGCGCGAUUAGUGUAAAAUGUGUGACAUGACGGUACUUCCCAAGAUUGUUUAAUCUGAUUUUUGAAGGUCCACAUUUAAAGUUCAUAGAAUUUACUUAGGAAAAACAACAAGGAAUAAAACAUCUUUCAAACUAUGGCUGGCAAGAUUCACUAGAUCAAAUUGCACUGGUGAAAACGGCAAACUUUUGUUACAAGGUUACAUGCAAAAUAAGAAAGAGCACUGUGGCAAUAUUUCAUAGAAAUGCAUAAAACUUUGCUACCUAACUGACGAAUGUAAAUACUCCACAAACAGUUAUAUCUCAUGUUUUCAAGAUACAUUUAAUCUUUUAUCUGUUAAAAUAACAGAUGUAUGUAUAGAGUGAUUAAAGCUUCACUUUUGUCUUUCUGUUUAAAAAAUGCUAUUGCCUUCUUAUUUGUUAAGUAAAGCUAAUUAAAAAAAUAAUGACACUUUCCCAAUACAAAA